AUGCCGAGCAAGAAGAAGAAGUACAACGCGCGGUUCCCGCCGGCGCGAAUCAAGAAGAUCAUGCAGACGGAUGAAGAGAUUGGGAAGGUGGCGGCGGCCGUGCCUGUCAUCAUCUCUCGGGCGCUCGAGCUUUUCUUGGAGUCACUGUUGAAGAAAGCUUGCCAAGUGACCCAGUCCCGAAACGCCAAGACCAUGACCACAUCCCACCUGAAGCAGUGCAUUGAGCUGGAGCAGCAGUUUGACUUCUUGAAGGACCUGGUGGCAUCUGUACCUGACAUGCAGGGGGAUGGAGAAGACAACCACAUGGAUGGGGACAAGGGUCCCCGCAGGGGCCGGAAGCCAGGCAGCAGUGGCCGGAAGAACGGUGGGAUGGGAAGCAAAGGCAAGGACAAGAAGCUGUCAGGGACAGACUCCGAGCAGGAGGAUGAGUCUGAGGAUACAGACAGUGAUGGAGAAGAGGAGACACCACAGGUCCCACCCCAGGCCAGCCACCCCCCUGCCCACUUUCAGAGCGCCCCGACACCCUUCAUGCCCUUCACCUCGACUCUGCCUCUGCCCCCAGCACCCCCGGGCCCCUCAGCACCUGACGCAGAGGAAGAAGAGGAUUAUGACUCCUAG